CCUUGGCAAUAUGCCUAUUGGUUUUAGCUUUCAUCUUUUCGCAAAUCGGAUACCCAAAAAACAGCGCAAUUUAUGCAGACUAAGAUAAAUGCUUUCUUUAAGCCCCAAAACCCAUCAUCAUCAUCCACCAUAACCCCUACCCAAAAUCUUCCUCCAUUCAAUUAUGAAACUAGUAAUACCAAAACAACCAUUUCAAGGAGGUUUUAGUUCCUCUUCUGCUUAGCAUAUCAUCAACAAAUGAGCAUGGGAAAAGUGAUGUUUGUUGUGUCUUUUGUAAUAAGAAUCAUUGCAGUGUUUAACGGUUAAAUAAACAGGACGUUGGCAUUUUGAUCUUUCAGUAACAAUGAGACUGGCAGUCACAGUGUUGUAAAUGCUCCCAAGACUGUAGGUGUCCAGGUGGCAUCCACCACUAUCUCAAGCAAAGUCCUAAAUGUUAAGCACAACUUCACCUGGAUUUGGGGCAGUCAGAUUUUCUUCUUCAUACUUGCUCUACUUGUGGUGUGAAGUAUGCUUGUGGGGAUGAGGCAGAUGAGAAGCUUCACAAGGAAUUGCAUAAGGACUACCCUCAUGGCAUCAAAUUCAAGGGCUGGAAAAAUGAAAGAGUUGUUAGCAUGCCUUCAGGUUGAAAAGGUUCUGCAAAUGAUGGAGGUUGAAUUAGGAAGUGGAAGUCUGAUCCACAUGUUAUGCAAGGUGUAUCUGUUUAUAGUCCAUCAGAGAAUUGCUGCUUGCCCUGUACUGGAACCAAUAUCAAAAGCCUACAGAGCUGUAUCAAAAUCAGGGACUUCAAGAAACCAGGAAAAUGCGGGUUCCGAGAAUAAUAAACAAGACUCAUAUUUACUCAAAAUGGGAGGAAACAAUUUGCAGAGGCAAGUUGUAAAGAAGCCUCCUAAACAACUAUCUUUGAUCGGUCUUUGUAUGUUUUAGUCAAUAUUUAGAGCUAGUAAAGUAACACCAUAUGCUGAAGCUGAGUCUCUCACAUCAGACUGAAUGAUUCUACAAAAAUUUCCUCAGAGUGAUGGGAACUAUUGAAGAUACAAAAGGUUCAUGUGAUCAUCUUUGAUUUGCUUCUGAGGCCUUUUGACCUGCUGGCUUUCCCCGAUGACAAUGUGAUUAUGUACGUACAUGCGCAAAAUUUCCUCAGAGGGAUUUUUGCUGGUCCAACAAUACAGAGAAAAGCACUUACUUUAGCGUGACAACGUGCAUUUGUAGUUCUGUUCUGCUCAUGGGCUGUAGUUAAAUACUGUACUAUUUUUGACAUCGAGCAGUUACUAGGACAAGCAAUA